UCUUCCCUCCAAUCUCCCAUUUUUAUUUCUCAUAAAAAAAAAAUCAACAUUUCUGAAUCAGGGUCUUUUUCAUCUUAAAUAGCCAUUGCCAAUAUUUAAUUUUCUUGGAUUUUUAUUAAUUCUUUUUUUGAGUUUUUUCAUAUAAAAAUCCAAUCUUUGGGCCAUUUCUGUAUCUGGGGUAUUUUCUUUUUUAAUUUGGAAUUGAUCCCUUCAAUUGUCCUUUUUUUCCACUCAGAUUACAAUUCUUUUCUCUUGAAAACUUGAGCUUUUGAUAAUUCAUUGUAUCCAUUAUUUGGUUUAUUGUAUAGUAUUUAUGAAAAACCAUUGACCUAGAAAAGUCAAAUUCCUAUUUUUAUGUAUAUCUUCUCAACAUUGUUGUUAGCUUAUCAAAGGGGGUGUCUUUAGUUUGCAGCCUUUGAAGAAAUGUUAUAAUAAUAACCCCAUGUUUUUCGCCUUGGUUAAUUGAACUUGUAUACCAUUAUUGCUCAAUAAAAAUUUGAUCUUUUUCUUAUCCUUUUUUUCUUGAGUUAUUAAUAGUUAAGGUCAUUUGUUCAAAAUUAGUUUCUUGGUUUUGGUUUUUAACUUUAGUAGGUGGGGUUAUGUUUUUGUUCAAUAAAAAAUUGAUCUUUUUUCUUGUCCUUUUCCUCUGAGUUAUUCAUAGUUAAGGCCAUUUGAUCAAUCUUGGUUUUAUUUUUGAACUUUGGUAGGUGGGGCUAUGUUCUUGUUCAAUAAAAAAUUGAUAUUUUUGAUAAUUCUUUUCUUCUGAGUUAUUAGUUGUUAAGGUUAUUUCAUCAAAUUUGUUUCUUGGUUUUAUUUUUGAACUUUUGAUGGUGGGGGGUUAUGUUCUUUUUCAAUAAAAAAUUGAUCUUUUACUUAUCCUUGCUCUGAGUUAUUUAAUAGUUAGGUCAUUUGAUCAACCAGAGAAGGUGGGGUUUUUGUGAUUUUGUCAUUUUUUGUCUGGGGAAAAGAUGAAGCUUUUAGUAAGAGUUAUUGAAGCAAGAAACAUACCAGCUAUGGACCCAAAUGGGUUCAGUGAUCCAUAUGUGAAAUUGUCAUUGGGGAAACAGAAGUUUAAGAGUAAAGUUGUGAAGAAAUGUUUAAAUCCAUCAUGGUGUGAGGAAUUUGCUUUUAAAGUAGAUGACUUGAAGGAGGAGCUUAUUAUUUCUGUUUUGGAUGAAGAUAAAUACUUCAAUGAUGAUUUUGUUGGACAAAUUAAAUUUCCAGUUUCUCAGGUUUUUGAUGCCAAUGACAAGUCCCUUGGCACUGCUUGGUAUACUUUGCAGCCCAAGCAAAAGAAGGGCAAAAACAAGGAUUGUGGUCAAAUUCUUCUCACAAUAAGUUUCUCGCAAGGCAAUACAUUGGCAGACUUGCAAUCAGUUGGUGAUCAUGUAUCACUGUCGAAGAAGUUGUCUGAUGUGGUAUCUGAAUCUCCUUUGUCUUCCAAUGGCCCCUUGAGAUCAUCUUCUCCUCUGAGAUCUGAAGAAGCAGCCUCUUCAAAGGAGGAGAAGCCUCAUGCGCAGACCUUUGCUGGUCGAAUUGCUCAAAUUUUCAACAAGAAUGGGGAUGCAGUAUCCACAACUAACUCGAAAGCUCCAGAUGUUACAGUGCCGCCUGAAACAGCAAGUACAGCUGCUUCUGAGAAUGCACAAGAGGAACAGUCCACAUCGGGGAACUUUCAAGAACUAUUGAAAAGCAUUGAGGCAAGAGAACAACCAAGCGAAGUUCCAAACCUUUCUGGAGUAGUAGUGGAUCAAUUGUAUGCUAUUGCCCCUCAUGAAUUGAAUUUGUUCCUUUUCUCACCGGAUUCGGCCUUCUUUAAAUCCUUAGUAGAUAUUCAGGGGUCCACGGAGUUGCGAGUUGGACCUUGGAAACUUGAAAAUGGUGGUGAAAGUUUAAAAAGAGUGGUUAGUUUUAUCAAAGCUGCAAGUAGAUUAAUCAAGGCUUUAAAAACUACAGAGGAACAAACGUAUCUUAAAGCUGAUGGGAAGUCUUUUUCUCUUUUAUGUAUUGUGAGUACCCCAGAUGCCCCAUAUGGAAGCACGUUCAAGGUAGAAGUGCUUUACAGCAUUACUCCUGGUCCUGAGCUGCCUUCAGGAGAACAGUCUUCAAGGUUAGUAGUUUCAUGGCGCAUGAAUUUCUUGCAAAGCACUAUGAUGAAAGGUAUGAUAGAAAAUGGUGCACGGCAAGGUAUUAAAGAGAGCUUUGAUCAGUAUGCAAAUUUAUUAUCUCAGAACGUAAAGCCAGUUGACGCGAAGGACCUAGGUUCAGAGAAAGAACAGAUUUUGGCAUCUAUAGAAGUGGAGCACCAGUCCGAUUGGAAGCUGGCUUUCCAGUAUUUUGCUAACUUCACUAUAAUUUCAACCUUUUUCAUUGGGUUAUAUGUAUUUGUGCACGUCUUGUUGGCCAUGCCUAGCACAAUACAGGGGCUUGAGUUUGUUGGUCUUGACUUACCUGAUUCUAUUGGUGAGCUAAUUGUGUGUGGAGUGCUAGUACUUCAAGGAAAACGGGUGCUAGAGCUGAUAUCACGCUUCAUGCGAGCUAGGGUACAAAAAGGAAGUGACCACGGCAUCAAAGCACAAGGGGAUGGUUGGCUGUUGACUGUUGCCUUGAUUGAAGGAAACAACUUGGCAGCUGUUGACACAAGUGGGUUCUCUGACCCGUAUGUGGUGUUUACAUGCAAUGGGAAAACUAGAACCAGUUCAAUCAAGUUCCAAAAGUCUAGUCCCAAAUGGAAUGAAAUAUUUGAAUUUGAUGCAAUGGACGAUCCCCCAUCUGUUCUCGAUGUAGAAGUGUUUGAUUUUGAUGGACCUUUUAGUGAAGCUACAUCUCUUGGGCAUGCUGAAAUCAAUUUUGUCAAAACUAAUAUAUCAGAUCUGUCUGAUGUUAUGGUUCCUCUUCAAGGAAAGUUAGCACAGGCCUGUCAGUCUAAGCUGCAUUUAAGAGUUUUCUUGAAUAAUACCAAGGGUAGCAAUGUUGUCAAAGAUUAUCUGUCUAAGAUGGAGAAGGAAGUUGGGAAGAAGAUAAAAGUACGAUCUCCUCAGACUAAUUCAGCAUUCCAAAAGCUUUUUGGGCUUCCACCAGAGGAAUUUCUCAUCAAUGAUUUUGCCUGUCACUUAAAACGCAAGAUGCCCCUCCAGGGCCGUCUGUUUUUGUCUGCAAGAAUAAUCGGUUUCCAUUCUGAUCUAUUUGGACAUAAGACCAAUUUUUUCCUUCUUUGGGAAGAUAUUGAAGACAUUCAAGUUGAAUCCCCUACUUUGGCAUCAAUGGGUAGCCCGAAUGUUAUCAUGACUUUAAAGCCAGGUAGAGGUUUUGAUGCAAGGCAUGGUGCCAAGACUCAAGACGAGGAAGGCAGGCUGAAGUUUCAUUUCCACUCUUUUGUCUCUUUUAAUGUGGCUCACAGGACUUUCAUGGCAUUGUGGAAAGCAAGAGCUUUGAGUCCCGAGCAGAAGGUGCAGAUAGUUGAAGCCGAAGCCGAAGCUAAAAACCUUCAAAUGGCAGAAGAGGAUUCAAUAGGCAGUGACUUCCAAGCUGCAGAUGAUGACUCCGAAGGCAAAAGCCUUCAAUCAGAAGAGGGUGGAUCAUUCGUCGGUAUGGAGGAUAUAAAUAUGUCUAUCGUUUAUUCCUCUGUACUUUCAGUUCCAACGGAGUUUUUCAUGGAAUUAUUCAGUGGGGGUGAACUUGAUCGUAAGGUCAUGGAAAGAGUCGGUUGUCUUAAUUAUUCUUGUAGUCCCUGGGAAGAAUCUGAUAAGCCUGAUGUGCAUCAGAGGCAACUUUAUUAUAAAUUUGAUAAGUGUAUUUCCCGUUAUCGAGGUGAAAUGACAAGCACGCAGCAGAGGUCUCGCCUGUCUGAUAAAAACGAUUGGCUUAUAGAAGAGGUCAUGACUCUUCAUGGCGUUCCACUGGGUGAUUAUUUCAAUCUUCGCCUGGGAUACCAAGUUGAGAAUGUCCCCUCAAGAUCGACAAGAUGCAGCGUACAGGUACAACUGGGAAUCGCUUGGUUGAAAUACUCGAGACAUCAGAAAAGGAUCACGAAAAACAUAAUUUCUAAUAUGCAAGAACGCCUAUUAGUCAUGUGUAGCGGAGUUGAGAAGGAAUAUCUCUCGAAAUCUGAUCCCCUCGUGAUCUAGAGGGUUCGUUGGCGUUUGCAGAACUUUAUAUUAGAAGGACUAACAUAGUUCAUUGAAGCGCUGUUGUUGUAUAGUUCUUGAGUCACUAACAAGUGACUGGAAGCAGCAAAAUGUGUAAAACUUACACUGGUCAAGACAACGAUCUCCCACUCACAACGUUUGAUUGGUACGUGUUUAAACUUCUUGUUUGAUACCGACCCCAACUUGUUUGGGAUUUAGGUGCAGUGGUUGUACAACAUCUCACAUUCGAGUAGAUUUGCAACGAUAUUUUUUAUUUUUUUUGGACAUGAAGAACUUUGAUCACUUCAAACUAUAGGAUGAGGAGAAUUUUUUUGGUAUGUAUAUAAUGUCCACAAUUCUAGGAUUUGAUUAGUUCUUUUGGAAGUCCAAUGUAUUCUGUUUAUAUUUGGCUAAGUGAAAAUGAAAACCAUUCAUGAUAA